AUAAUGAUAAACUUUAGUGAUCCCUAGCCAUAUCGCUUACGUAUUCACACGAAAUGCUAACGGUCAGUUUAACUGGGUUAAAUAUAAUCGUCGGAAAAUGAGCAAAGACGACGCUUUCUAAACGUCGGCAAAGAUAAGACGAAGCCCGCGACCACGGCCCCUUUCAAAAACGUCGCAAGGCCUUUUCCCGGCGUUUUUCUUUUGUUCCGGCCCUAACGUGAUUCCAUUCCCAUUACCUCACAGUACUCUCCCUCACUCAACUCCUACCACUGUGGAAAGGAAGCAGCCUGGUUUUGAAGCCCGAGAUGGACCAAUUCUCAACAUCAGGUUUCUCCCUCUCUCUCUCUCAGGAAACAGUCAUGGUUUUGGUGUUCCUGUGAGUUGAUCGGCGAUUUGAGGGGUUGGGUUGCUGGGGUGAUUGUGGGUUGAGGACACGAAGGCAAAAGGAUGGAGGAGAUCACGGAGGCAACAAGGGAGGAGAGAUUCAGAACCCCGAGGCUCUUCAUCAGAGAAAUGGUCCUCCGGAACUUCAAAUCUUACUCUGGUGAGCAACGCGUUGGCCCCUUCCACAAGAGUUUUUCGGCCGUGGUUGGUCCGAAUGGCAGUGGGAAAAGCAAUGUGAUUGAUGCUAUGUUAUUUGUAUUCGGGAAGCGAGCCAAACAGAUGCGUCUUAACAAAGUUUCAGAGCUUAUCCACAAUUCUACUAAUCACCAGAAUCUGGACAGUGCUAGUGUAUCCGUUCACUUUCAGGAGAUCAUUGAUUUGGAUGAGGGGACCUAUGAAGCUCUUCCUGGAAGUGAUUUUGUGAUAACACGCAUUGCGUUCAGAGAUAACUCUUCUAAAUACUACAUCAACGACCGUCCAAGUAACUUCACAGAGGUUACCAAUAAGCUGAAAGGGAAAGGAGUGGACUUGGACAAUAAUCGUUUUCUGAUACUUCAGGGUGAAGUUGAGCAGAUCUCAUUGAUGAAGCCAAAGGCUCAAGGACCACAUGAUGAAGGUUUUCUUGAAUAUCUGGAGGACAUAAUUGGAACUAACAAAUAUGUUGAAAAGAUUGAUGGGUCAUAUAAGGAGCUAGAAGCUCUUAAUGAGAAAAGGUCUGGGGUGGUGCAAAUGGUUAAAUUAGCAGAGAAAGAAAGAGAUAGCUUGGAGAGAGUAAAAAAUGAAGCAGAAGCCUACAUGUUGAAGAAGUUGUCACUGUUGAAGUGGCAAGAAAAAGCCACAAAACUGGGUUCUGAAUACACUAGUGCUCAAAUGGUGGGAAAGCAAGAAAAGGUGUCUAUCUUGGAUGAAUAUCUGAAAACGAAAAGGGAGGAGAUUCGGAAAUGUAAUAAGGAAUUGAAGGAGCGGGAGGCUUUUCACACGAAGCUUAUGGCAAAAGUAGAGGAACUUGAUAGUGGACUGAGAUGUUGUAGGGAGGAGUUCCAAGAGUUUAACAGGUUGGAUGUUAAAUAUAAAGAAGAUGAAAAACACAAGAAUCGAAAGAUUAAGAAGCUCGAUGAGAAAAUUGAGAAGGAUUCAUCGAAGAUUGAUGACAUCACAAAGGACUGUGCAGAUUCAACAAAUAUGUUUCCACAACUGGAGGAAGAUAUUCCUAAGCUGCAAAAUCUUUUGUCGGAGCAGGAGAAAGUCUUAGAGGAAAUUAAGGAGAACUCUAAAGUUGAAAUUGAGAUGUUCCGCGAUGAGCUUGCAAAUGUCCGUGCAGAACUAGAACCUUGGAGGGACCAGUUGAUUGAGCACAAGGGAAAACUUGAAGUUGCAUGUACUGAAAGUAGACUUUUGAAUGAGAAGCAUAGAGCUGGUUUUGCCGCUUAUGAGUUUGCUCAAAAGAAGAUGAACAACAUACAGAGCACAAUUGGAACAAAGACUUUAGGUAUCACAAGCAUCCAAAAUGAACUAGAGAAAAUCAGGGUCGAUGCAUUGGAAGCUCGUAAAAUGGAAGAAGAUUGUCUCAAAGAACAAGAAGCUUUAAUUCCUCUUGAACAAGCUGCACGGCUAAAGGUCUCAGAGCUUUCAUCUCUCAUGGAAUGUGAAAAGAGCCAGGGAUCUGUGUUGAAAGCAAUAUUGCAAGCAAAAGAAACGAAUGAGUUAAAGGGCAUUUGUGGUCGAAUGGGUGACUUAGGUGCUAUUGAUGCAAAGUAUGAUGUGGCCAUAUCAACAGCUUGUGCUGGGCUUGAUUAUAUUGUUGUCGAGACAACUAGUGGAGCUCAAGCAUGUGUGGAGUUUCUCCGAAGGAGAAACCUUGGUGUUGCUACCUUCAUGAUUUUGGAGAAACAAGUUGGUCAUUUAACUAGAUUGAAGGAUAAAGUAAGCCCUCCAGAGGGAGUUCCUCGCCUUUACGAUUUAAUAAGAGUUCGAGAUGAGAGAAUGAAACUUGCUUUUUUCGCAGCAUUGGGGAACACUGUUGUAGCCCAAGAUAUUGAUCAGGCAACUCGUAUCGCAUAUGGUGGAAACAAAGAAUUUCGGCGUGUAGUAACACUUGAUGGAUCUUUAUUCGAAAGAUCUGGAACUAUGAGUGGUGGGGGAAGCAAGCCACGUGGUGGUAAGAUGGGUAUAGCUAUCCGUGCCACCAGUGUUUCUACAGAAGCUAUUGCAGAUGCUGAGAAUGAGCUUGCUGAAAUGAUUGCAAAAUCAAGUAAAAUAACUCAGAACAUAGCUGAUGCUGUGAGGCGCUACCAGGACUCGGAAUUUAGAGUUUCACGUUUGGAGAUGGAAUUAGCCAAAAACCAGAAAGAGAUUGACAGUUUGAAAACAGAGCAUGGUUAUCUUGAAAAACACCUUGAUUCCUUGAAGGUUGCAUCAGAGCCAAACAAAGACGAGCUUGAUAGGCUAGAGGAACUCAGGAAAAUUAUAUCUGCAGAAGAGAAUGAGAUUGAUAGGCUCACACAAGGUUCAAAACAGCUAAACGAGAAGGCUUUGGAGCUUCAGAAUAAAAUAGAGAAUGCAGGUGGCGAAAGAUUGAAAAACCAGAAGUCAAAGGUCACCAAGAUUCAGACUGAGAUUGAUAAAAGCAGCACAGAGAUCAAUCGUCACAAAUUUCAGAUACGAAGGGGUCAAGAGAUGAUUAAGAAACUAACAAAGGGGAUUGAGGAAUCAAAGAAGGAGAAAGAACAGCUUGUUGGAGAAAAAGAGAAGUUGCUUUUGACUUCCAACGAAACAACACAGAAGGCUGUUACAGUUCAAGAGACCUAUGAGAAAAUGCUGGAGGUUAUUGAUCAUCAUAAAGACGUACUGGAUAAGGCGAAAACUGAUUAUGAAGAACAGAAGAAAACUUUUGAUGAGUUGCGGGCAUCUGAGGUUGAUGCCGACUAUGAGUUACAAGAGUUGAAGAAGGACUACAAGGAGUUGGAAAUGAAGGGAAGAGGAUACAAGAAAAGGCUCGGUGAUUUGCGUAUUGAUUUCAUGAAACAUAUGGAACAAAUUCAGAACUAUUUAGCGGACCAAGAAAAGCUGCAAGCAAUGCUGACAGAACAUACUCUUGCUGAGUCUUGUGACUUAAAAAGGGCCCUUGAAAUUGUGGCGCUGCUUGAAGCACAAUUUGAAGAGAUGAACCCAUAUCUUGAAUCGAUCUCAGAAUACCGGAGGAAAGUUUCCCUGUACAAUGGACGAGUGGAAGAUCUCAACUUAGUGACCCAACAGCGUGAUGAUAUGAAGAAACAAUACGAUAACUGGAGAAAGAAAAGGUUAGAUGAGUUCAUGGAAGGAUUUAACACAAUUUCUCUGAAGCUGAAAGAAAUGUAUCAGAUGAUCACCCUCGGUGGUGACGCGGAACUUGAGUUAGUGGACUCUUUGGAUCCUUUCUCUGAAGGUGUUGUUUUCAGUGUAAGACCACCUAAAAAAAGCUGGAAGAAUAUUGCUAACUUAUCAGGUGGAGAAAAGACACUCAGCUCAUUAGCUUUUGUUUUUGCACUCCACCACUACAAACCUACCCCUAUUUAUGUCAUGGAUGAGAUCGAUGCCGCUCUUGACUUUAAGAAUGUUUCAAUCGUGGGACAUUAUCUGAAGAACCGUACGAAGGAUGCACAAUUCAUAAUUAUAAGCCUUAGGAACAACAUGUUUGAGUUAGCAGAUCGACUUGUUGGGAUCUACAAGACUGAUUAUUGCACUAGGAGCAUUACCAUUAACCCAGGAAGUUUUGCUGUUUGUGAAAAAGCACCUGCUUAGGGAGGCAUUCGUACGAUAUCCACUCACUCUUCCGUCCCAAUCAUUGGAGUCUCGACAAUGCCUGGAGCUUGUGAACAACAUUUUGUUAUAUAUCGAAUGUCGUGAUACGCAUUCUGUCGUCUAACUAUUCGCUCAGGGAUGACUGAUGAACAUAAUCAAGAAAUCUUUCUUUGUUCGUUUUGCACAGGUACUAAUUCUCUCACUGUUCAGCAGGAUUCGUUUGUUGCAGUCUGUCGUUUUCUUCACUGAGCAUUUAUUAUCCCCCAUGUCGAUUCAUCGUGACAACAUAUCGGCUUUUUAUGGAUCAUUCUGGUGUCUUUGUUAUGAA